ACCAAACUCCACGACAGAUGGCGCUCUCGCUCUGGCUCUUGAGUUGUAUGAAGGGAGCGCUGCAUGCAGUUUUUUGCAGGGACACCACUGUUGUCGUAUCUCGAAACCACAUCUGGAAACAAAUAAGUUGUGCGACUCAACACGGCGCUGCAGUAUUAUAAUUAAGGGUCGCAAACUACGCGCGUACGCUACAGUGUCCGUGAUCGCAAAUGAACGAGUGCCUAACAAUUACAGCUCGGCAAAACUAGGCCUACACCAUCGACGAGUAAUGUAUCUAUCUCUGCACGCGAUUGCUGGAGCCUAACUGGUAAAUACUACUACUGCCACAACAAACAUUUGACGUGCGAGGUCAUGCAUGGGCUAACUAGUACUAGUAGUGUACCAACCACAGCUGCACAUCGCCUACUUGUCUAGUACUACUACUGUGUUCGAACCUAUAGUCGGUUGUUAGCACGUUCAACGUUGGGCACAUGCCACGUACAGACCUACAGCAGACUCCCAGCUUUUACGCUCGGGUUUCAGCCGUCCCACGCCAUCGGCUUGAUCGCGUAAGGCAAGCGGAGAAGAAACGAGUCUUUACUGGAAUGGGUGAAUAUACUUCCCAACUGGACGCAAUCAACGACCGAACCACCAGUGUCACUACCGGCUGAAUCAAUGCUGACAGCUGACGAGUGAUGAGCAGCGACUGACUGCGUGAGAGUGAGUCACACACACACGGACGCAGAGAGACGAGUAUGCGCUGAGUUGCUGCUUGCUGACUCCUUCGCUCGCUGGGUCGAUAGAGCGACGCUGUGACGGUAGCCCGAUCAGGCGCAUCGCCACACACAGUGAGGCGAACGAGUGGCGGAGGGGAGGAGGUGUGCAAGAAAGCACUCAGACACGACUGCGGGGCCCGCGCCGCUCGAACGACAGGUCCGCCCUCAUGUGGAAUACUUCACAAGGCUCCGCCACGUAAAAUAAACUGUGAGUGAUUGAAGACAUGAUGCUGGCUUCAGACAAGAUGCAUCCUUCGCUUAUCAUCGCAUUCGUGAUGUGUGCAGCAUCUAUAUCAGGUGUGAGCGGACGUUCGCAGCAGGGACUGGGUGCCUACUACGGUCGCAGGAAACCCAGCAACAAACCAAACAUCGUGCUAGUGCUCACCGACGACCAGGACUACCAGCUAGGCUCGAUGAAGUACAUGCCGAAGACGCUUCGCCACCUCGCCAAGGAGGGCGCCACGUUCACCAACUCUUUCGUGAGCACGCCAAUGUGCUGUCCGUCGCGCAGUUCUCUGCUCACCGGUCUCUACACGCACAACCAUAACGUCUACACGAACAACGACAACUGCUCGUCGACGGAGUGGCAGCAGACGCACGAGACGCGCACCUUUGCGACGUACCUGAACAACGCCGGCUACAGGACAGGGUAUUUUGGCAAGUAUUUGAAUGAGUACAAUGGCACGUACAUACCUCCCGGAUGGAGGGAGUGGGUUGGGCUCAUUCGAAACUCACGCUACUACAACUACACCAUUAACUUUAACGGCAAGAAGAUUCACCAUGCGUGGGACUAUCACAAAGAUUAUUUCACGGAUCUAAUAGCGAACGACAGCAUGUCGUUUUUGAAACUGUCGAAGCAGUAUUUCCCGAACAGACCUGUAAUGAUGGUGCUGAGCAUGCCCGCCCCGCACGGAACCGAAGACAGUGCUCCUCAAUAUGCACAUCUGUUUCCUAAUGCUACCGACUACAUGGAUCUGUUGAGUUACGACUAUGCGCCGAAUCCAGACAAGCAAUGGAUGCUGCAGCAGGUCGGCAAGAUGGAGCCGAUUCACCAUGAGUUCACGCGCAUGCUGCACCGCAAGCGUCUGCAGACUCUGCAGUCUGUCGAUGACGCCGUCGAAAAGAUUGUAGAAGAACUAAAGCUACUGGGCGAAUUAGACAACACUUACAUCAUUUAUACUUCGGACCAUGGCUACCAUCUUGGCCAUUUUGGCCUUGUCAAGGGCAAGUCCAUGCCCUAUGAGUUUGAUAUCCGUGUGCCUAUGUAUAUCAGAGGUCCUGGCAUACCCAAAGGAGUUUCCAUUCCAAACAUUGUUGGCAACAUUGAUGUGGCGCCUACCAUACUGGACAUGGCAGGGAUCGAGGUGCCUGAUCACAUGGACGGAAGGUCUUUCAAGAAGCUGUUUCAUGGUGGCACGGAGGACAGCAACAUAAUAGAUGGCACAAUGAAGAUGAAGAAAGCAUGGCGUGACACCUUCUUAGUGUCAAGGGGAAAGGUCACGAACAAGAUGCUGAAGGAUUUAGUGCGGCUUGAGAACAAAGGGGAAUUCAGCAAGGAAGCACGACUGGCCAAGGAGUGCUCAAAGCCUGAAUAUGCAAGCCCAUGCAUCAUGCACCAGCAAUUCGAGUGCAUCCUCGAUGAGGGCGGGCGCUGGAGAAAGCACAAGUGUAGACAUGGCAGCAUGAAGACAGGCGUGUGUGUUUGCAGGAGUAAGAAGGCUGAACAAGAGGAGGUGCGUAGUGAAAGGAGCAAGCAGAGAGCCUUCCUGGAGCAGCACGUUAGCAAGGGUAAAGGCAAAUCCAAAGAAUUUAAUCCGAUGUUCAUCAAACCACCAAGGCAGAGGCUUCCUCGUAACUUGGAGAAACGUCAGAGACAUCUUAAAAAGAAGCAAAAGAAGAAGAAGAAGGAGAAAAGGAGAAAGCUAGCUCGCGAGAAUCGAGAGAGCCGAUUGGGAAAUUAUCAAAAUUCUGUGACUGCAGCCAGCAAUGAGACGAUAGUAGGAUGGCAACCACCAGUUACUAACAGAACUUUUACAGCUGCCGCACAACCCGACGCCGGCUGCAUCACGUAUCCAAACAACUCGGUCGAGUGCGAUCCGCACAUCUUCAGCGACGUCGAGGUGUGGAAGAAGCACAAGCAGACGAUCGACUGGCGAAUACGCUUCUACAAGCAGGAGCUGGACCAAUUGAAAGACAUCCGGCAACACCUGAAGGACCAGCGACCGGCUCUCAGCAGGUAUGAGGACGAUGGGCAGCCGUGUGUGUGCGACUCCGAGGGUAGGACAACCGAUGACGUCGUGGAGGCUGACGAUUACAUAGACAUCAUGCUGGGUGGAAACAGCAAAUACGGUGUGGUUAGAGGAAGAGACAAACAGAGGGCAAAGUGGUCGAGAGCCGGACGAAAGGGUCGCCAUCCGCCGUUUAGAUAUCGCGACAAAAAAGAUUUUGAUAUCUUCAAGCAAAAUUAUAGAUACAACAGGAGAGGUUUGAAGAAGGACAACAAGAAGGCGAUGAUGUCACGAGAAGAACUGAAUGCCGAGGUGCGGCGGCAGAAGAAGAGGCAGAGGAAAAACAGCAAGUCCAAAGACUUCUGCAAUCUCAAGAAUAUCAACUGCUUCUCUCACGAUAACGACCACUGGCGGACGCCUCCGCUGUGGACGCUGGGACCAUUUUGCUCGUGCCAGCAGUCGAACAACAACACGUAUUGGUGUAUUCGCACGAUCAACGAGACGCACAACUUCCUCUACUGCGAGUUUAUCACUGGAUUUCUUAGCUUCUACAAUCUCACAAAUGAUCCCUACCAGCUGGUGAACCAACUGCAGGACGUGGAUGAGAGCAUAUUGCAGGUGAUGCAUGCCACCCUAAACAAGCUACGCAAAUGCCAGGGGUCGCGGGAGUGCACCAUUCGCUAUAGGCCACCUGCUGUUACAGGUGAGAGGGAAAUUAUGCAAAAUGAUCGUUCCAGUCAUAGGAAAAAAGACAGAGGCUCAAAAUCAUCCAGGUCAAGGUCGGCCUGGGGCAGAGGUGACAGAAGUGGCGACGAGCGAAGAGGAGGCAGCGGCGGACAGAAACGACACAGUCGAUAUCGUCGACGACGACAGUGAUCACUGGAAUCCCACGUCUAGAAAGUAGGCAAAGUGCUAGCCAGAGCAAUCGUAGUGAAACAUAGCGAGCCACUAGCAACGCGAACGAAGCAAGUCGCGACCGAGUGACUGCCAGAGUGGGUUCAGUCUUAGACGACCCGACACUACAAUUAUAGCUUACGCUCCACUCUCAUAUUCGCACGAGUAUUAGCAAAAAUAGAUAGCUCAACACUCGAGUCUGAUCUAUUUUUGGUAUUAAUGACAGAAGGUGGCACAUCAUGUGCGCAUACUGGUGGUAUGACACCUAGCCGGUUGCCUAGGACCUUUGUUAUAUCUGUGCUGUGGUAAUUAUAAUGUAAAGUAGAGCAAACAGAGGCUGUUUGUGGCUCUUCAGAUUUUGCAACGCUUGUGUUUAUAUCCGCAUCAAGCAGAUGUGAUGGUUAGUGUAAAUUCGCCCCUGCAUGUGCCGCGUAGCUCCCCAUCGUGAAAAGCAUGCUCAAUGUGUAAUGUCAAUGGACUGCAUAAUUAUUGUAUUCAUUACAUUCAAGCAAUUUGUUAAAAAUCUUAAUUGUGCAUUUAUAUAAUUAAUACUACAAGAUUAAUAUUCACGUUUACAUCUUUCUGCAAUAUUUUCAUGUGCUACGUUGUGCACCGUGUGUAUUUAAUUUUAGUAAAAUAUUUAAUAUUUGAUUAAAUUUUAUAUCAAAACAACAGAAUCUAUGUAUAGUUGACGAAAUAUUGUAUAUAGGAUCUGAUGGCUUUUGAUGGCAAAAACUGUUUCAUUUUGUGUGUAAGCCAUUUGAUCAUAUUUUUUCUUUUUUUAAUUGUUGUUACCCAUCCAUGACAUGUUUUAAAUAGUAAAUAAAUGCUAUGGUAUAUUUAAGCUAUUGUACCCUCUCCUUUCCCUGAAGAAAACAAUCUGCGUUAUUUGUGUGAGGGUUCUUUCCCAACUCUCUCAUAUUUUGUGUUGUCUUUCUAAUCAGAUCUUUCUUCGGAUUGCCAAGUAUCCACAAAAAAAACGAGAAGAAAUAUAUGUAUACCACAUAUUUAAUGGUUCGAUCUAGUUUUAAGUUAGAUUUGAAACACCGCUGAAAGCGUGUUGGCGUUGUUUUAUGAAACGCAUAGAAGUCAUAUCAACGUGCUACGCAGACGGAUGUCAUUCUCUAGCCAUAUUUAAUAUUGCUAGAUGUAGAGAUUGUCUCCAUUUACCGGGGCGCCCUCUUGUGGCUGGCUUCCUUAAUCACUUAACUUCCACACUCGUAGAAAACUCAGAACUGAUGUUAGGUUGCCUUGCGAAAAACACGUCUAACUGUAAAAGCAUUGGGCGAAUAAAGUGUCAGCGGGCUCGAAUUUCUUUCAAGAUCUGAUUACUCUGUGCAAUAUAGAGAUAUUCGUGAUGUCGUUUUUCACUGUUGCCAAACUCGAUUGUAUGCUCUUGUCUCCAUCAUUUCUCCUUUUCCAACUUGCUCAUUAUCGACACGUCUCUACCCACCAGUCUUCCCCGUUGACGUGGCACUUGUGUUUACUUUCACCUGUUGUAAUUGUUUGCAGGAUUUUUCGUCGCUUGUCGUUGUAUAUAACGUCAAAGACCGCGCACGGUAUAUUGUAUACGGUCUUUGGUAACGUGCAGUGAAGUUAGCAUCUCUGAUGUAAUCGUGAUUCGUUUGUAGAACUAUGAUGUGAUCAGGACUGUGUAAAAACAAGUUUGUUUUUAUUUAUCCCUGAUCUGAUGUCAUACUACAUAUAGCUGACGUGCUUGUCCAUAGCUGAGUGUGAGUGUACUAUUCUGGAGGCGUGUUGAUAUGUUGUAUGUUGAGGUAUAAUUAUAACCGUGAUCGCGGUUGCUGUAUUGUUUGCCUGCUACUAGACAUGACAGUUUUUAACGUUAUUAAACAAGAUCUCAUUGUUUGUAUGUAUCGAUGUGCAAGAAUCAUGUAAUAGUAUAGAAAUGACGAGGGUAGGCGGCAGUGUGGCUGUGUAUAGCAGAUAUUAAAAUAAUUGUACGUAAAUAUUCACUCGCAACUAGAAACGUUGACGUCGUGUAAAAACCAGCAGUUACAUUUUUGCUACUGGUAACUUAGCGCAAAGAAACGGUUUGUACUAAAAAUAAAGCGAAUGGGCUUAAGGAAA